GUAAACUCUUUACAGCCUUGGAAAAAAAAAACUUACUUACUCUAAGUGCUAUACAGUACACAACACACUUGGAUGUGCAUCAUAAAUUCUCAACAUUAAGUAACAAGCUAGAGCCUGAGCUUCCAGCCAAAAUGAGAUUAGCCCUGCACACUGUAAUCUGCUGCUGUGUUUUCACCACUGUCCUGCCACUGGUGAAAGGUGCCACAGGGGAGCUCAACACCAGCCUGAAAAAAAGGUUUAAAGUAUGGCUGCACAGCCGUUUGAAGAGAGACCUGUGUAGUGACUUAGAGACAGCCAAUGAGCAGCACCUUAACAUCCAUGUAGGACAACAGCAGGAUGAGAUCGGAGAAAUUGACCCAUCUCUGUCAGGCUUUGGGCUAAAUAUGAGACCUCGGAGGUCAACUGCGACCAAAUCAUCUGGCUGCCUUCUCAUGACAUGUGCAUACCACGACCUGCUCCACCGACUGCGCCAGAUCAGCGAGCAAAAAGAAACCAAUGCCCCAGAGAAGAAGAUGAGCUCAACAGGCUACGGCCGCCGCCGCCGCCGCUCACUCCUGGAUGUUGCUCAGCUCGCUCUCCAGACAGGAAGACAAAGACAGAGCACUGAAGCUGGUCAGCGAGUCCACAGACACACACGCACAGUGGCCUAAAGACAGGCAUGGAAAGGCAAAGGAGAAUCCUUGUUGGAGUUAAUUGCUCACAGCAGAUCAAGAUAAGUCCCCUUGAGGUUUUAUUCCACAGAUUUACAACCACAUAUGCAGAAAGAGCGGCUGCUACAUCCGUACAGUCCAUCAGAGGAAGAUUUGCUCAGGUCACUCUGGACGAAAGCAAGAUUCCAAUAAUAGAUUUGUGCAUGCUAAGGUGCAGGUUUCAGUGUGUCUGAACAAGUGUGUGAUUUCUGGAUGAAUUCAAGUCAAGCCUGUGCGUCCUGACAAGAAUGUCCGUCUCUUCUUCAGUUUCCAAAGUGAACUUGGCAGCUGAGACAGAGGACAAUUCCUGAAGAUCUUCUCUGACAUAACCAUGAACUGAAGAGAGACCGGGGCCGCGGCGGGGAGGAUUUUUCUUACUUUAUUGGACCCCAAACUGCCACAUGCAGGAUCCUUUCACUAGUGAACUGAAUGUGUUGAACUGCUUGUGAAGUGCAAUUUCAACAACAUGUACUACUAUAUUAAAAAUAUCUAAUUAUAAGCUUGUAUAUAAGGAUAUAGACAGCAACCUUAUAUUUAAGCAUACAAUAUGACUAUAUUUUUAUACAAGCAGACCACAUAUUAUACACGUCUCUUUUUGGAUAUUUAACUUCAAUGAAGUAUGUAUCUUAACUGUAUAAAUAAUUACCUUGUCCUGUAUGCUUCAUGUUUAGUAUCUUAUCACUGAGUUAUAUUUUUGUAGCGUUCUUGUAAUGAUCACACAUUAAUGGGAAUUAAUCAAAUUGUUUUAAAGACAUUUGUUUUGAUGGUGAAAGUCUUAAAUUGCAGCUUAAAAACCUGCAAAGUAAUGAUCUAGUUUUUGGCUGUACUUUGGAUGCCACGGAGAGUGAUGGAGAGCAUGAAGAAGGAGGACAUACGAGCUGAUUCAAGUGUUGUGCUGCCAUCUAGCUUUACAGUUAGAUACGUGUAACAAAAGCAGGCCAGCAACACAUCUUCAACAAAACACUUACUGUGGUUAUGCUGAAUGUUUCAUCCCAAAAGUCUCAGUUUUGAAAUGUAUCUGCUUCUUUAUUUGAAUGUAAUAAAUCCUAAUUUACUCAUAAUUCUGCUGAAAUUACUUGACAUGGUAUUAGGUAACAUGAUUUAUGUCUUGUUGUGGUGAACGUGGCAGGAACUGUAAUAGUUUUCAGCUGGCUGCGACGUCCUUGUCUUUGAAAUAAAUGAAUGAAUGCAACAAUGAAAA